GCCACCUCCACCGAGGCCACCACCGUGAUUUGGCGCACGCGCGGGGCCACUGGCUGUCGCUGCCUUUCGUGGCUACAAAUCCCCGAAUCUGCCCCGUCGCCCACCUCCUCCCUUGAAGCGUGCGAGCGGCUGCAAAGCAUUCACUGUCGGCACAAGAGAGAGAUAGAGAGAGAAAGAGGGAGAGGGAAAAAGAGUUGGAAUUGGUGCAAGCUUCUCAUCCUCAGAUGGUGCUCUUUUUGUAGCAGAGUAACAGGCCAUCAAUCUUUGUAGACCAAAACAUCCUCCUGAUCAUUGUUCCAAGAAAAAAUAUAUUUGUUCGGUUGAUGGAUUCAACAGGUGAACAGAGAAGUGAAGCACAAGACAAGAGGCCCAUCGGAGUUCGCUUCUUGGAGUACAUCACGGGCAGUCGAUUGAGCUUCAGAACAUAUCAAACGAUUGUGUUGGUUCUAACAUUCUUGGCAUAUGCUAGCUACCAUGCUACUCGGAAAACCACAAGCAUUGUCAAAAGCGUGCUGGAUCCAGAGACAACGAGGCUGGGAUUUUCCCAUUGGUCAAGGUUUUACUUCCUCAGAACAGUUGAGGGGACUGAGCCAAAGCCAAGACUAAAGGAUGGUUGGUCUCCAUUCGACACUUCAGAUGGCACUGCCAUGCUUGGACAGAUUGACGUUGCUUUCCUUUCUGUCUACUCUCUUGGAAUGUACUUUGCUGGGCACUUAGGUGAUCGGUUUGACUUGAGAAUCCUUCUGACGAUUGGAAUGGUGGGGACUGGAAUCUUCACUUCCCUCUUUGGUGCUGGUUAUUGGCUCAACAUACACAGCUUCUAUUACUUCUUGGCAGUUCAGAUGUUAGCUGGUCUGUUUCAGUCCACAGGAUGGCCAUCGGUCGUGGCUGUUGUUGGGAAUUGGUUUGGAAAGAAGAAGAGGGGACUGAUCAUGGGGAUAUGGAAUGCACAUACUUCAAUAGGAAACAUAUCUGGAUCGCUGAUUGCUUCUGCUUUACUGAAGUAUGGUUGGGGUUACUCAUUCGCUGUUCCUGGCCUUUCUAUCGCCCUUACUGGGUUGAUGGUGUUCUUAUUCCUUCCUGUUUGUCCUGAGAAAAUCGGGAUUGAAAGUGAGGAAGAUAGCCUGUUGAAAUCCCCUAAGAAGAACGGAAUUACUGAGCCUCUGUUGGAAGGACGAUCAGAUGAAAAAGAAAAAGCAGUGGGCUUUUUUGAGGCAUGGAGGAUUCCUGGUGUUGCACCAUUUGCUCUCUGUCUCUUUUUCUCCAAGUUGGUGGCUUAUACUUUCCUCUAUUGGCUUCCUUUUUACAUCAGCCACACAGCUAUCGACGGAAGCUACUUAUCUGAUUCAACAGCAGGGACGCUAUCAACAUUGUUUGAUGUUGGAGGUGUUGUUGGCGGCAUCCUCGCUGGCCAUAUCUCUGAUCGACUUGAUGCCCGUGCAUUGACAGCAGCUGGCUUCAUGUACUGUGCCAUUCCUGCUCUCUUCUUCUACCGAAUCUAUGGCAGCAUCUCCCUAUACUGGAAUAUUGCUCUCAUGUUUGUCACUGGUAUGUUUGUCAAUGGUCCAUAUGCAUUAAUAACAACAGCAGUAUCGGCAGAUUUAGGAACACAUAGCUCCCUAAAUGGGAAUUCCCGGGCCUUGGCCACCGUGACUGCUAUAAUAGAUGGCACAGGGUCAGUGGGUGCUGCCAUUGGCCCGCUGCUGACAGGCUACAUAUCAGCCAAGAGCUGGAGUGCAGUGUUCACAAUGCUGAUGUCAGCCGCACUGGUGGCUGGGCUUCUCUUGAUGAAACUUGUGGUGGCUGAGGUGUCUGCAAAGAUGGAGUCUGCUAGAUUGCGAGCCAAUUGGCGACAGAGAUCACCUGUUCCUGAGCUCCUUGUAUAACAUAGCUAUGUUAUUUUAGGAGGUGAAAAGCUGCGAGCAGGUCCUCUAUUUAUUUUUUUCAGAGGAGUGGCUCUUUGUUGCUUGACAUGAAUAAGAGCAUUGCUUUGGUCCUUCGACAGCAUGCCCUCAUUGCAAUGGAAGGGUCACUAUAUUUGGAUUCAGUUUUCAUGUUCAGAGCCAUGCUGGUUGAAAUGGGCUACAUUCUGCAAAUUCUGUCUAGAGUCAUUAAAGCUCAGGUUCACACUAGUUUUGAUGAGCAGGUGAUAUUAAACUUCAGUCCUUUUCAUUGUGCUUAUGGCUGCUAGAGUCCAAUAUGACAUAUUUGAGCUGCUUGACACAGUCGCAAUAUAUUAUCUGUAUAUUUUUUCUUUUUGUGCUAAUGGCCUCUUUGAAAUAAAUUGCAUUUGUAAUCGAAACACCUUGUUCUGGAUCUUGUAUAAAGCACAUUACACACUUUAUGUC